GUAAAAUCACGAACAAAGAAAUCAUCGAUAACGAAGAAAAAACCAAGUUCAAACUCACGUUAAACAACGCGAUCGAAGAAGCCAAGAAAAGAAUCUGUGAAAAAAUCAUCAAAAAACAUCAAGAUCUUUUCAAUGAAAUCGAGAGUAAAAUCAACACCUCUUACAAAGAAGAACUCUUUGAAUUCUUAGACAGUACCAUCGAAGAUUUUGUCACCGAUGAUAUCGAUAAAUUUAUAUUCGCGUCAAUCUUUC